GAAGAGCAGGGUUUUCGGCGAAAGGGAAACAUAGGGGACCCGAAGAUCUAAAGGAGAAUAUUACAACACACUCUGGAUUUGCAAGUAACAUUGGCAUUAUCGAUGCAUUUAAACUGUAUUUUACGUUUUAUCGGCGGUGUGGAAGGAUUUGUCGGUAAAAGCAGGACUGCGUAAAACUAAUAGGGUGAGGGGGGGGGAUUGGGGGAAGCGAGCGUCGUCGGGUCAAAAUGUCGAUUCAGUACGAAGUGGAACCGCUGGCAGACAGCUACGGGGUAGCGGACUCGUUUCCCAAAGAUUUUGGCUAUGGAGAAGAGGAGGCCGACAUCGAGGAUAGCCCAACUCCAUCUGACAGCAAACCUAGAAUUCUGUUGAUGGGUUUGCGAAGAAGUGGCAAGUCGUCAAUACAGAAGGUAGUAUUCUCAACAUAACAUUGCUCAUUGUAUUUCACUGUGGGUAAGGGAGACCAGGUCUAACAAUGAAAAAUGAAUCCUGGGGGAAAAAAAUGACCAAAUUGCAUUAUUCUGCCCUGAAUGAAAGAAAGAUGUUUUUUUGCCUGUUUUUGUUCAUUCGAUUUUUGCAAAUAGUAGACAUUUGGGACUAUAGUAAAUCCACUGUUGUCAGUUCUGCCAAAGUUUUUAUCAUUCACAUGAAAUAAACACUUGCACAUC